AAUUCAUUGUGAUUUUCAUUUCCCAUUUUAAACAUCAGAGCAGGAAUGACCCCAACUCGACCUACAACGAAGACAACCUGGCUCAGUGUGUUUUUGACCUUUUUACUGCUGGAACAGACACAACCUUUGCUACUCUGAUAUGGGCACUGCUUCUGUUGGCAAAUCAUCCCCAAAUCCAAGAGAAAGUCCAGAAGGAGAUUGAAGAUGUGUUUGGCUUCUCGGGGUCAAUUUCUUAUCAAGAUCGGAAGAAGCUGCCCUACACCAAUGCUGUGAUUCAUGAAAUGCAGCGUAUAAAAUAUUUCCUGCUAUAUGGAGCUCCCAGGCAAAGUACCAAGGAUGUGAAGAUGAGGGGUUAUCACAUCCCAAAGGGGACCAUUAUUUUCCCAGACCUGUGCUCUGUUCUUCUUGAUCCUGGACAAUGGGAGACACCUGAAGAAUUCAACCCCAAUCACUUUUUAGACAAGGUUGGGAAAUUCAUCACUCGGGAAGAGUUCCUGACAUUCGGAAUAGGUCAGCAGGCAUGUGUGGGAGAGCAGCUGGCAAGAAUUGAGAUCUUCAUCUUUGUGACUAGCCUCUUGAGGGCCUUCAGCUUCCAGCUGCCCGAAGGAGUGAAAGAACUCAGUCAAGCACCUGUUGUAAAGUUCCUCAUGCAUCCAUACCCUUACAAACUGUGUGCUGUUCCCCACACAGCCAUAAAACAUAUAGAAACACCAUGA